CAUUGUCCUUGGGAAGUUUGAAACUAAAGUGUAAAUGCAUUUGCACUGGAACCAGAACACACAAGCAUUUAGAUUCUAAGGCUAGUGGUGUUUUAAACUUUUUGAGGUUCUUGUAAACUAAGAGAAAUCAUACUUGGUCGGCUUCAAUGACUAUUAUGUAUUACGAGAACAUUGAACUAUCUUCUAGCACUCUCUGGAGUAAGGCUGCAGUUCUUGGGACAUCACUCUACAAGUAACUAGAACAAAGAGCAAACUAAAAAAUAAGAACUAUGGCAUCAUUUUUGUCAGCAUUUGACCAAAAAAAAAGAACUAUGGCAUCAUCUUUUAAAUCACACAAUGCCAAGCUCGAAUCAAAUAGGUCCCUAGUGUGCUACUGCACCAUUACAUCCUUUGUUAGUUUACGUCCAUUGAUGAACAUAGAAUUGGAUAAUAAUGACAUCAUCUACAUCACGUCACGUCAACAAAAUAGCUGAACAAAGGAUUAAGUUCCAUUGCAGUUCUCUGUUAUUGUAGCCAAAUACUCAAAUCAUUACUAAAACUAGCUAAGGGAAAACAUUAUAACAAAUGCUAGAAAAUUUUGCAAUCUGAUCAAAACAAAAGAAUGUUCCUUUACCUUCAGUAGAAGAGCAAGUUUCUGGUCAGAAGCAAGCUGGCAUAACCACAACGCAAAAGGGAGACCUUGAAGCCUUCAAGCUAUUGCUCAUCUUAAACCCCUCACUAGCUCUUAAGUCACAAUACCUUCUGUGACAUGAAAACUUUAUAAUAUAUACAUUAUGUAACAAAAUCCACAUUUACAAUUUCUUUUUAAAUGCUGAAAUUUAUUCCCUAUCUUAAAUAUCUAAAAUUGAAUAUUACAUAUUUUGUAUAUUUAACUAUGUAUUCAAUACGUACAACCCUAGUAGCUACAUUUUCUCUCACGCGGCCGCACCUUAUAGCUUCGUUCUCUCCAAUUCUUUGUCCAGACAAAAUCUCUUUGAAUAUUCUUCCUCUCUGUUUGAGUUAUCUUGAAAAAUGUUUUCCCGCAUAUCCAGGCGCAUCCCAUUUCAAAAUCUGAACCGUACUUCGGUGCUUCAUAGGGCACAACCGUUACUAACCAAGCCAGCAGCACCCUCCACGGCCUUCUUCUCUUCUCAGAGAUCUCUGAAAACACGCCUCAGAGAAGGAGAAAAUCUUUAUGGGCUAUUUCUCCUUUCAUUCUCGCCGGAGAUGGCUGAGAUUGCUUCAUAUGCCGGUUAUGACUUCAUCGUCGUGGACAUGGAGCACGGUGCCGGCGGAGUUCGAGAGGCGCUCAACUGUAUACGCGCUGUUGAGGCAGCAGGAUCUUCCACCGUGCUCCGUGUUCCAGAUAAUUGUCAAGCAUGGACCAAGAAGGCUCUGGAUCUUGGCCCUGACGGCAUUAUGUUUCCCAUGAUCGAGACUGGUAAAGCAGCUUCGGAUGCUGUCUCGUACUGCCGGUAUCGCCCUGACGGACUCCGCGGCUGUGCUUACUCGAUUGUGAGAGAUUCCAAGUUCGGGUUCGACGAAGAGUAUUUACGUAAUUACACCGAUCAGCUACUGAUCAUGUGCCAGAUAGAAUCCGAGGAAGGUGUGAAGAACGUGAAGGACAUUGUCGCCGUUGAUGGGAUGGAUUGCGUGAUGAUGGGGCCGAGGGAUCUGAGCGCGAGCUUGGGGCUACUCCAUGACCCAGGAAAUGCGAAGGUGAAGUCCCUCAUGAGGACGGCUGAGACGGCGGUGAUAGCUUCCGAUCCGGAGAAUGGUGGAGCUUACUUGGCCGGGAUGGCCACGGCUCAGGACAAACCGGUGGAUCUCAGGUUACGUGGAUAUCACAUGAUAAUUGGAGCUACUGACGUGCCUUUGUUUAAGAAGGCAGUGGUUGAUGACGUCAAGAGUUUUAAGUUUGGAUGUUCGUAAAAAAAAAUUAGAUUAUUGCAUAGACUUCAAUAUGAUACCUAUUUAUGGUAUCUAAAAUUCAAAUUCAAAGAUAUUUCAGUUGACAAAUAUAAAUAUAUAAUUAUAGUUAUGAUUA